AUGUCUGAUACUCUUUAUUUUAACUUAUUGUUAUGGUUGUGUUUUAUAAAACUUUUAUACUCUAACCACCAUCCAACAAUUGGGAUCAUAAAUGUUAAUGAAACCGAUGAAACAUUUUCACAAACAGAUCACUAUUAUUACACAGAAUUAAUACGAUUCAAUCAAUCAUCUCCAGUAAUAUUUGAUAAUGUGAACAAACCGAUUAAUUUAUCUAGACCAAGGUGUCCAUUGUUUAAAGGUGUAUUGGGCAUUGGACCUGGAACUGAGAAACCAGAUUCAGGAAAUAUAAUUCAUACUUUUGAUGGAGAAAACGAAUACGAUGAAAUACAAGUAAAGGAUUCUAAUGAAUUCUCUGCAGUGAAAUGGCUUCGUUUGAAUACACAAUAUUCAAAUGAUUAUCAAAUCAAAGAUCAUGUUCAGAUUGUCUGUGUUAUUUAUUCUAAUGGAAAUAUAUCGAUUUACUAUGAAAAGAUACCCAACGAGAUUGAAACGAAUUCAUCUGUUAAGUUGAUCUAUGAACCACCUAAUGAAGAUGAUCAUUACCGGAGAAAAGAAAUACUUUCCACAUAUUUGGUGAAAUCUGGGAUGUUGAUUGAGUUUACUCCUAUUUUAAUACACACUUUAAAUUGUCAAGCGACUCGAUCGGGCACCAAUUGUAUGGAAUACAAAUUUUGUGAAGACUGUACUAAAGAUUAUACAUCUGGAAGAAAGUGCCAUUGGUGUCCGAAAUUCAACACGUGCAGACACCUUCGUGAUAUCGAUAUCCAAACCUUGCUUGGAAAAGAUUGUGCUGUCCAACAAAUAGGAAUUUGUUCAUAUUCAACUAACAGAAUGAUCGAACAUGUUCCAACAGAAGAAUCAACCGUUAAACAUAAUAUAGAAUCUACAAACCUUAUAACAUUGACUUCAAAUAGGACUACAAUGAAAUCAAUCACUACUGAAAAUAUAUCACCUACACAACCGUUAAUGAACACCAAUAAGUUAAACAAGAUUAACGAAUCUUCCGUAAACGAUCAUCAAACCACUUUCCCACAGGUCACUAUAUAUCAAUCAUCUAGCAGACCGAUUCAAAUUACUACUCACAUGAUCAUAAAAGUUACUGAAGACAAUCCAAUCACAUCCAAACAGCUUCUAUUCUCUCGUGAUAUAUUACAGAUAUAUUCAAUCACAUUUAUUAAUGAAGUCAGUCGUCGUUUAUUCAUUCGUCUUCUAAUGCCAUUCAUAAUCGUGACCAUUGUUUCAAGCAUCGUAUUUUUUGUUCGACUAUUCAAAAUACGACACCAGAAUGAUAUGAAAAACUAA